GCCUGAAUCGACUUGCCGCAAAACUUCGAGGUUGUCUUCCCUCCCACUCUCGUUUCCUGGUGCAUCCUCUACAUUUCCCUCCAACAUGACGGCGGAACACAUUUUCGACGCUAACCCGUCGGUCCAGAGAGAUUUCGGCGACCCUCGAGGGCUGCGGACCGAGGCCAAGCGACAAGUCGAGAAUGAUAUCGUCUUACGAUAUCCAAUCCGAGGCGCUCCCAACAGAUUCGAAGCGAAAGGUCGUAUACUAAGAGCCUCGGACGUGUUAUUGUCGUUAGUCGGUAGAUCUACGAGCGAGCAAGACGAUGCAUCUCCCGGAGUUACGAGCUAUGAGGAAGCCUUACGCCUAUUUCCUCCGGUUCGAGGCGAAGACGGGCUUCCAUUGAAUGCAGUAGAUGUCAACUGCCCCGAUUGCGAUGCGGUAUUCUCUUCAUUGAAUGAACUGAAACAACAUUAUCUAACGAAUUAUUGUCCUGGAACUGCGAUCGCGGUCUAUGUGAUGACGCGGGAUCGUCUGAUCACAAAAGGGUACCGCGUGGAAAAACGCUUUAUCCCUCUCAACUCUCGCCCCAUCUGUUUCUUCUGUGGCAACUGUGAGAGGUUAUUCACAUUCGGUGAUGGAGAGGAAGGGCUUGAUCGGCAGCGAGAUGUGCCCUUCGUUGUCGACUGCAAACAUUGUGGAGAGCAAUGCAACGUCUCAUAUGAGCCGAUUUUGAACGAUCCGCGAGACGACAUUUUCAGGAGUACCCCGAGAGAGAUAGCCAGUGCGAAUCAUAGUCGAAGUUCCAGUUUUACGCAAAGGGGCCCCGUGGGCUCUAAAGUCCCAUCAACAUCCGGGUCUGGAGAGCAGUCGUUUGCGAGAAAGGCCAGAAAGCUAAGAGAUUCAUGGUCAUUCCGAAAGUUCUCGCCUGGAGAAGAGGACGAGCUGGUUGCGAUCGGCUUUUCAGGGCUAUAUGACCUGGAACGAGCACACGCCCCCAAUGGCAUUUAUCGGCAUCCCGAGGACGAUAAUGAGCCCCGCAAGGCCCAGUCAACAAUGAGCUACGAUCCGAGUGGAAUUCAUCGUGCCGGAUCGAUUGAGACCAAGGAGACACUCUGUGAAGAGGAAAGCGAGCAAUCUAGAGGUGGCUUGACAGAUUCUGAAAAUGAACCGUUGGAUGACCAGAAAAGCCCUCAAUCACAAGCAAGACCCUCUUGGAGACAAUCGUUUCUACAGAGAUUAUUUGGUCGCAAAGUUCCAAAGGGCGUGUCACGAGCGCGGUCCACCUCAGAUCGGGGCAAGAAAUUGAUCAAGAGAGCGAACACUAUACGGUUCUCUUUUGUCACUAAAUACGCACGAAGCGAAGGGAGAGCGACUACACGGAAAAGCGACAUAAUAUCGACAGAUGCGCGAAAGCAGGCAACAGACGCUACUCAGGAAUCUAUCGCAGAUACCGAGUAUAUGGCCUUGCUACGGGGAUCUCAAAACAUCUUCAUCCACACCCAACACAUCUCAGGAGGGGCAAUUGUCCAUGAUGCAUCCGGCCGUCAAAGAAUACUCAAAAUCGACGAGAUUGCGCAGCUUUUCUUGCUUAUGAAAGACGAGCUUUCGGCUGCAAGCAUCUGGGCUCGUAUCCUCACCACCCAAAUGCGCGCUGAGACUGCCCUGAAACAGGACAAUCUAGACGCUGCUAUUGCCGAACAUCGUACUGCCUUACAGAUGCUCGAUGAGACACCAGCAUUGGACAUUGACAAGCAGUCACGCGCGGCAAUUCUACACUCCCUCGGACAAGCGUAUCGCGAUCUCGAAAGGAUCGACGAUUCAGAGGGUUGUUAUCUCGAGGCAUUGGGACUCAUCAAGCGGACGUUUGGGCGCGACCAUCCUAACAACUUCGCUAUCUUACACGACCUGGGGACAUUAUUCGCCAAAGCCGGAUGCGCCACAAAAGCAUUAACCUUAUAUGAGCGCUCGUUUGCAGGUCGCCUGAAGACACUGGGCCACAACGCCCCAGAGACACUAAGAAGCAUGCAGGAUCUUGCCUCUCUGAAAGUCUCACUAGGUGAUUCCGCAGCGGCCCUUGUACUCCUGGAGAAAGCAGUUCCGGCACUCGACACAGUAUUCGGGUUGCAGAAUGAAACAACAUUGAGCGCAAAAAAUCAACUAUCACUCUUAUAUCACAGAUUUGGUCUAAAUAAGGAGGCACGUACGAUUUGCGGCCGGACUAUCCCAUAUUACAGGGCAGUCUUUGGCAUUACGAGUCCCAUCACAAGAGAAGCGAUUUUCCGGUACAUUGUAUGCUCGGAGAACUUUGACUUUCCCGUUGAGAUCAAAGACAUCCUCGACCAAUAUCAGCAUUCACAGGAUUCCGACGCACUUCGGGUCAUCCAACGUCUGGGGGAAGCAUACCUAACUGCUGGUCUUAUCCGCGAUGCCGCAGACCUCUAUGAAGCUCUAGUCGAAGACUUCUUGGCCGUGAAAGGACCCGAGGCAAUAGAGACAUAUGACGCUCUCAGUGCCCUCUGCAUCGCUCGGGAGCAGCUUGAUUCCCUCGAUAAAGCCAUUCUCGCAUACAAACAGCUAGUCUAUAUGGUACGAAGAACCCCAGGACAUUCCUACAUGCAGGAGAAAAUAGUGUUCGCCGAACAGAGGAUCUCCAGCCUCAACCGCCGACGAGACAUGCUCUCAGGAGAGAGGAAAGAAUGGGCAUUGCAUGAACCCAGACCGUGUGAGAAAUGCAGCACUUCCACCACCACCCUCUGCAACACCUGCAUGAUCUUCCGAUUCUGCAGCGACAAAUGCCACAAGUCCGCCUCCCCAUCCCACGCUCCCCGAUGCAUCCCCUCCGUCUCAUUCCUCGAAUCCAAAUCCCUCAUGAUGAAACACAAAUGUCCCAUCCCAGCCCGCGACCUCGCCAUCACCAAGAUCCGCCAACUCAACAGAACCAAACCCGUCAGCAUCACUGCCAGCCAAGCCAUCCUCCUCGAUUCCCGCAAAUUCACCACCUUCCGGAUGAAGCUCAAUCCAGACGUCAACACCGUCAUCGUCUUCUCCCAGGAUGCCGACAUCCGCUACACGACCAUCCGUCCCUCCUCCUCUCCCCCCACCAAGGAAAUCCAAUGGACCACCCCCGAAUGUCAAGAAUCCAUCUGCCACGCCCCCGCCGACAAUCACGAAGAAGAAGAAGAAGAAGGACAGUACCUUCUCGUCGCCCCCGGCAAGAAAAUGCUCCGCGCCAUGAUCGACAAACGCGUCCGAGUCCGUGGCGGCGGCGGUGAAGAACACCGUUUCCGAUCCCUGGAUAUCCCCAACGAAGAACUCAUAGAGUUUGCCCAGGGUCUAAAUCUAGGCAAAUAUCCUUUUGAACCGUUCAUGUAUAUUUUUGAGUGGGUUUGGAAAUGAUUGCUUGAUUUUGUUGUGGUUUGAAACGAAACCUCUCGGGAUUUACCUUCCUUUCUUUCUUUGUCUUCCUAGGUUGUUUAGCUGAUUGUGUGAUUGGGGUAAAUUAUUGUUGUUGAUAUACAAGAUCUGACUUACUGACUAGAUUAUAUAUUUGGUGCAGUGGCUUGUUGGUUAUAUGUGUAGUCCUUGAGAUGUCUCCAUGCCUACUACUUACUAUUUCCGGUUAUAUAUAAUGUUGGGAUGUUUCAAAUGGAG